AAACCUUGUUAAUACUCAUAUGAGUUUGGAACUCUAGCCUACUGAUGCCAUAAAAUCUUAAAAUAAUCGAAAUUUUUAUGAGGUUUGAGGCAUCUUUCGGCACAGAUUCUAUUGAAUAUGGCAUUUGCCUGUCCUUUUUAACCUUAUGUUUGUGAUGAAUGAAAGUAAUUCAUUGAAACAGUGACUAUGAUCCGUCCGAGCUCCGUUAUGCUUACGUCAUAAAUAUUUUGCAUUUUCUGAACUCUUAUUAUUGAGUUUUAUUUUAGGUUCAAAACGCUGUAAUAUCUAUAUUUAUUCGAAACAGCAUUCCCAAUGUUCUUGCCUAGCUGUGUUUCAUCCGUUUUUUUAUUUAUUCGCUUCAAUCCGCUUCAAGGCCGUAUAGAGAAACCAGCUCUAGAAGUCUUCUACAUUUAUGGCGCUUCAAGACUCAAAUCUUAUACAAAUGCUUGUGUGUGAAAAGCCGACGGGUGUGGGCGUUUUUGAUAUUUCUCAUUAAUCAAAUAGGCGGUGUCCAUUGAUCUUGCAUUGAUCAUAAAUUUGCGCGUUUAGCUGCCAUAAUAAUGUGGAAUAUUUGAUACUUCUAUAUACAUAUUCAUCUUUGCUUGUGACGUGACGGGCCAGUCGCCAGGCCAUGGGCAACCGUCAGUCGCUGUGCUGCGAGGGCGGCUCGCCGCCGGCCGGCCGCCGCUCACUGCGCGAGGACCGCUACAUGACGGCCGGCGGCUCGACCCCGGCCGGCGGCGUGAGUAGCACCGUGUCCGGCACACCGGCCGGCGCUGCUGAGACCGACGGACGAGAGCCGGCGCGACAGCGCGACGAGUCGGCCGCCAACCUGCAGCACAUCAGCGAGCGAGAGCCCGACGACCUAAACGACGACCCGUCACUGCACCCGUCCGUCGGGCCGCUGUUUGUUGAGCGCAGCAAGUCCAGCAUCGAGAAUGGGAUGAUCAGACGUAGAAGCAGAAGCAGAAACACGCUGGUCGAGGACCGGCCUAUCAUCAAGAGCAGCAGCUGCAGCACGAUCUACAUCGACGACAGCACCGUGUCGCAGCCCAACCUGAAGAACACCAUCAAAUGUGUGGCGCUGGCCACCUACUAUCACAUCCGGAACCGGACCGCCGACCGGACGCUGCCCAUCUUCGACGAGAAGCUGCACCCGCUCACGAAAGACGGUGUGGCCGAUGACUACGACCGGCACAACCCGGAGCACCGGCAAAUCUACAAGUUCAUCCGCACCCUGUUCACGGCCUCUCAGCUGACGGCCGAGUGUGCCAUCGUCACACUGGUCUACCUGGAAAGGCUACUGACGUAUGGUGAGAUGGACAUCACGCCCGGCACAUGGCGCCGGAUCGUGCUGGGUGCCAUCCUCCUCGCCUCCAAGGUGUGGGACGACCAGGCUGUCUGGAACGUCGAUUACUGCCAGAUCCUCAAAGAUAUCGCCGUCGAGGACAUGAACGAGUUGGAGCGCAAGUUCCUGGAGGUAAUCCAGUUCAACAUCAACGUGCCGUCGAGCGUGUACGCCAAGUACUACUUCCAUCUGCGCACACUGGCCGAGGCCAACGACCUCUGUUUCCCCACGGAGCCGCUCAGUCGAGAGCGCGCCCAGAAACUGGAGGCCAUGUCGCGCGUCUGCGAGGAUAAACUGGCCGCCGACCUGCUCCGCUCGGGCAAAAAGUGGUCGAGCAUGGACAAUGUGAAUCAGCACCGGCGCAGCGUGGCGAUACUGUCUUAGCGCGGCGCGCCCGGCGGCGUGGCGGCCGCCCCCAGCUGUGAUAGUAGGCCCCGGACGGCGGCCGGCGCGUGGCGCUCCCCCCGGCGCGCCGUCAGAGGUCCGCCCCGAGCGGCCGACCGAGUCUGUCCGUCUGCCGGCCGGUCUGUCCGCGUUUGUGUGCGUGUGUGCGCGGGUGUGUGUGAGCACCGAGUGAUGGGGCCGGGCCGCCGUAGAUUUUAUGGGCGCCUCGCGCUCGACCGGGCGCUAGUCAGCCGGUCUAUGGCGCGUGCGUCCGAGGACAGUCCGCCGAGGCAGCGGCGCGUGCGGCGACUUGUUGCGAGCUUUGUUUACACAUGUGCUAGGUUGAUGUAUGGUGCCAAACUGUGUGCUGAUUUCUCUGUAUUUUGAUGAUCUCUUGUCCGUGUGUGCGCGUGCCGGCCCGGCUCGCUCCUGCCGCCGGCGACUGUGCUGUGGUGGCCGGGCGGCGGCCGCGCCCCUCUAACGUUCCAGAGACAACAUUCGCAGUGAGACAGGGUCGCUCUACGGGGGAGGGAGGGGCGAGUCGAACGGGGCGAGUUUCUACUUCUGAUCUAGCGGUGCUGACCCAUGUGGGUUGUGGUGAACUAAUAUGCUGACAUCUCGCCUGUGUCCUGUGUGUGCCGGACUUGUCGCUGGAUCGGCUGCCCGCCGGGCUCUGCAGGUUAACUGAACUGUGCACUUGAACUGUACACCAGCUAGCAGCUCAGUGGUAUCUCCUAACACGUGCCCCAGCUAUCAGGUGUGUUCUGUGCCGGGCGGGCAGAGUGUUUUACACACGGUGACCCGGUCAGCCGCGGCACAGCGGGGCAGUGGCGGCCGUCCGUCCUUGCUGCUGAGCUGCCCCCUGUCGGUGACGGCCUCACAAGACCAGGCUCCGGUCCAUGCGACUCGCUGAACUAGUCCGUGGCAGGGAACUCCCGGAAACUGUAUUGUUCUGUUUCUUUAAUAGCUUACGCCGAGUAUAAUGAAUAUGACACUGGUAUGGAAGGA